UCUUUGUAGGGGCGUUUGGGCUGUUCUUAGGGUUCUUCUCUGUUUCCUAGGGCGGCGGAGCUCUGGGGCGGGACCGAGGAGACAAAGAGCGAGGAGAGGUGUGUCCCCGCUGCCCUGAGGCGAUUGUGAGGCCGCACUGAGCCCGUCGGUGACGGCGGCGCCCUGUUCACCCCCGGUCGCCAGCUCUGGUCCCGCUCUUCCCACGGGUCGGUGGCGGGGUCCGUGCCGAUGAGCCCGACCCAGGGCCGUGUGGUCUUUGAGGACGUGGCCAUACAUUUCUCCCAGGAGGAAUGGGAACUCCUUGACGAAGCUCAGAGACGCCUGUACCACCGUGUGAUGACGGAGAAUGUCGCACUUCUAUCUGCCAUAGGCUGGUGUCAUGGAGCCCAGGAUGAGGAGGCCCCUUCUGAGCAAGGUGAUUCUGUGGGAGAGUCACAGGUCAGGACUCCAAAGCCAGACCUGUCCACCCACAGGGCCCAGCCUUGUGAGAUGUGUGGCCCACUCUUACAAGACGUUUUGCGCCUGGCUGAACCCAGAGGAACACACCCUCAGCGAGAGGUGGACAUAUGUGUAGCACAUCUCUCCCAGUACCAGAAGGAGCAGAAUAGAAAGAAACUGUCUGGAUGGGAUGAGGGGAGGACCUGCAGCGUUCACACUGCAGCGGGAACCCUCCCAUGCAUGGAGGGUGGGACGGACUUCCCGUCUAGCACAGACCUCCCCCAGCACCAGGCCUCACACAAUGGAGGGAAGCCACACAACACUGAGGGCAGAGAGACCCUUGAAAGUGGGCAAAAUGAAAAUGACUACAAGUGUGAUGAAUGUGGGAAAGCCUUUAGCCACAAACACAUGCUUGUUGAGCACCAGAAAAUCCACAGUGGAACAAGCCUCUGUGAUCAUCUUACAUGUAGGCGGUUCUUUACUCAGUGGUCUGGCCUCAUUGACCACCAGACAGUUCACUCUAGGCCAAUGCGUUAUGAGUGUAGCCAGUGUGGGAAAUGUAUUAAAGACAGCUCCACGCUCAUUAUUCAUCAGAGAGUUCACACUGGAGAAAAGCCAUAUAAAUGCAGCGAAUGUGGGAAGUUGUUUAGGUAUAGCUUCACACUCAAAAGACAUCAAAGAGUUCAUACUGGAGAAAGGCAAUAUGAGUGCAACGUGUGUGGGAAAUUUCUUGUGGACAUCUCUACACUUAUUAUUCACCAGAGAGUUCACACCAGGGGAAGGCGUUUUGAGUGCAGCAAAUGUGGAAAAUUCUUUAGGUACCACUUCACGCUUGAGAGACAUCAGAAAGCUCACACUGGAGAGAGGCCUUACGAGUGUAGUGAGUGUGGGAAACUCUUUAGGCACAACUCAAAUCACAUUAGACAUCGGAGAAACCACACUGGGGAGAGGCCUUAUGAGUGCAGCGUAUGUGGUAGACUCUUUAGCCAAAACUCCCACCUCAUUCGGCACCAAAAUAUUCACACCAGAGAAAAAACGUAUGAAUGUAGUCAAUGUGGGAAAUUCUUUAUGGAUGGUUCCACACUCAUUAUUCAUCAGAGAGUUCACACUGGAGAAAAGCCUUAUGAGUGCAGUGAAUGUGGGAAGUCCUUUAGAUACAACUCCAGCCUCAUUAAACAUCGGAGAAUUCAUACGGGGGAAAGGCCUUAUGAGUGCAUCAACUGUGGGAGAGGCUUUAGGCAGAACUCCCACCUCGUUCGACACCAAGAAGUUCACACUAAAGAGUAUUGCAAACUGGAAAAGUCUUCAAAGAAAAGUCUAGCUUCAGAUACCCCCUUCACGGCGUCCCUCCGCCUUGGUGCUGAGGACAGUUCCCUGAGGCCUGUGGCGCUGAGAACUACAUUACCCGGAAGGUACUGCGUCGGCGGCACUGGGCCAAUGAAGGCUCAGCAGAGGCGUUUCCGUGCGAGAAGACGGCGUCUGGGCGGGUUUUCCGCUGUCUUCCUCCGGUGUCAUUUUGCAAACUCGGAUCUGUCCAGCGAUCUGAACGUUCCGGGUGUGGUGGCUGCGCUGAAGGGUCAGAUUCAGAUAUGGGUUCCUGGGGCAAGAGGCUGCUUUUGGACACAAUUGUCCCCAUCAUCACAGAGCUCUGUGACCUUUGAGGACGUGGCCGUGUACUUCUCCCAGGAGGAGUGGAGACUUCUGGACGAGGCUCAGAGACUCCUGUACCACGAUGUGAUGCUGGAGGUCUUUGCACUUGUUGUGUCGUUGGGUGGUUGGCAUGAAGCAGAGGAUGAAGAGGCACCUGAGCAGAAUGUUUCUAAAGAAGUGUCACAGGGAAAUACUGCACAGGCCUAUCCCUGCUGGGAGGUGUGUGGCCUGGCCUUGGAAAGUGAUUUGCAUCUAGCUGCUGACCUGGGAGAAUUCCCGGGGCAGAAACUGUCUGGGGCAUGUGGGAAACGACACCAGCUCCGGAAGCAGCACAGAAGAGGGAAACUCUUUAGCGGGAACACAUACCAGGCCUCCUGUUUGAGGAGCCGCGUAGUCCACACAUCAGAGAAGCCUUCCAUGUGCUGGGAGGCUGGGAAGGCCUUCCCCGUUGCCCUGGGCAAGCCCCCAAAGGCCAGCACAUGUGUGGAAACCUUUCACAGUGGACAGAGGAACUACAAGUGCAGUGACUGUGGCAAGGCCUUCUGCCGCAAAUACAGACUGGCUCAGCACCAGCGGGUGCACACAGGAGAGAGACCAUACGAGUGCAGCGAGUGUGGGAAAGCCUUCAGCUACAAACACAUCCUUGUCCAGCACCAGCGCACCCACACAGGAGAGAAGCCGUACACAUGUGGCGAAUGUGGCAAGGCCUUCAGCAACAAACCCACACUUGUUCGACACCAGCGAAUUCACACUGGAGAGAGGCCUUAUCAGUGCAGCGUGUGUGGGAAAUUCUUUAGUCAAAGCUCCAGCCUUAGUGAACAUCAGAGAAUUCACAGUGGGUCACGGCCUUACAAAUGCAGUGACUGUGGGAAAUUCUUUACCUCUAACUCCAACCUCGUUAAACACCAGAGAGUCCACACGGGAACAAGGCCUUAUGAGUGCAGUGAAUGUGGGAAGUUUUUCAACCAAAGCCCCAGCCUCAUUAAACACCUGCGAAUUCACACUGGAGAGAGGCCUUACGAGUGCAGUGAGUGUGGGAAACUCUUUAGCCAAAGCUCUACCCUCAUUAAGCACCAUAGAGUCCACACAGGAGCCAGGCCUUAUAAAUGCAGUGACUGUGGGAGACUUUUUAGCCAAAGCUUUGGCCUCACUCAACACCAGAGAGUUCACACAGGCAAACGACCCUUCGAGUGCAGUGACUGUGGGGAAUUCUUUAGCCAGAGCAGCCAACUCACUCAGCACCGCAGAUGCAGGCCUCACGAGUGUAGCAAGUGUGGGGGAGUCCUGAAUCAGGGCUCUGCUGUGCUGGAACCCCAGAAGCUUCACAGCCCAGCUGGGCCUCAAGAAUGAAGCAAGUGUGGGAAAACUUGCAGCUGAAGGCCUCACCUCAGUCGACAUGAGAAAGUUCACAGUGGGAAAAGGCCUCACAAUGAGCUGUCCCUCUAAUACAUACAAGAGAACGUUUGUCAGGGUGUCAUCAGCUUGAAGUUGAAUGCUCUGUCUGGACAUCCAAGUGUGGACACAGCCUAUGAGUGCCAGUUUAGAGGAAGUUCUUAAGGAGCUGUUAUCCUUUCUAAGCUGCCCAGGCCCUUGCCACAUUUAUGUCCCUGACCCCACAUGGUGCAUCAGUCACCUCAGUGUGAUCAGGGUAGGUGACCUCUGCUGUCCCAUCCCCAGAGCCUCUGGGCAGUGUCCUGUCUCCCGUCUAACUGGGACAUGGGCCGAACAAGGUCUGACCAAGCAGAUGCUGGGGGCUUGCAGAGGUUCGUAUAUGUGAUGGAUUUUAUUAGCUUCCAAGUCACCCUGCCUCAGUUUGCUCUGGCCUGUGUCAUGACUAAGAAAAGUUAAGCCCUCUUUCAUCUUGGGGGUUUCUUUCACUCGUGUAGUUAGGUUGAGAGGGAAUUGAACUCUUCCAGGAUGAAGAGGUGAACAGCUUCUGUGGAUGCCCCAAAUUCUCUCUGCCUCAGUGGGCAGAGUAUCAGAGCAAGGAAUAUUUUUGCUCCGCUCUUUGCCUGGGACAGACUACAGGGCCCUGUGAGCUGUAGAUUAGGGUUUUUUCUUCAAUGUGUCUGAGCCCAGUGCAAAGUCAGGGACGUGCACCGCACAUGGGGAUCUGCUCCGUUUCCCCCACUUGGGGCCAGAACACAUCUUCAGUGUCAGCAUUGGGCACCCCUGGGGAAGCACAGGGGCUGACAGUUGGUUUGUUCCAGACUGGAUGAUAGAUGGCAGUCAGCCCAGGCUUUUCCACCCAGUGAAAUCAACAGGCAGGGAGCAAAAGCAGGGUGCUUACACCCUUCUCAAAUUAGGGUUCGACGAAAAAUGAUCAUCAGCUGGCCCCCACCCUCCACAAUCCUUGAUGUCAGGAUUUUUUUGUGGGCCCCUGAGAAGAGGACAAACGUGAGGGAUCACCCGUGUUUUGGAGCAGCAUACAUAAUUCCUUUUUACACCGGUGAUUGUCAUGCCCCAAUUUUGUAAAAUUUUUACCCUCGGCAUCAGGUAGGUGGGAACCAUACUUAGUGAAUUAACAGGGAGUGAGAGACAGGAGAAAAUGACAGGGAAUGUUCCAUUUCCAAAGUUGCACCCACAAAUGUUCCAUAGGAUGUUUAAGAGGUUUUUGCAGACAUUGUGAGGACUUAUGAAAAGCUCCAUAGCAUCUCCAGGCCAGCUGCACCUGCGUAGUGGGGGAAAUGAGAAUGAUAAUCCCACCCUGGAAGUCCCGGCAAAAGACAUCUUUUAUUCCUACUGGAGCAGAGCUCCAUGGUUGAGAGGCUACAUGGAGUUAACUGCCAAAUUCCUAUUUCCCCAAAAGGGGAUUCAGAUUUUGCUGUGAACCCAUUUAUUACAGCUUUUUAUUGGGUUAUAAGAAAACAAGAUAUUUAAAACGUAUAGUUUUGGUAAGUAUUAGCACGUGAAAACCAUGAAACAUCAAACCCUCAACCGUUCAUAUUUAUGUUGUGACCUCUGUCCCUGUAUUCCCAGGUUUGGAAUUGUGAAUGUGUUUGCUCAUAUUUGUCUGUUUCUUCAUGAUAUAGAUGUGAAUAACUAUUUAUUUAUUUUUAUUAAUGAAAUAUAUUGUACUGUUUACAUAUACUACCAUUUCAUGUAAUUCUUAAUGGAUGAAUGGGAUUGAGUGGUUUGUUUGCAGUUUCACAAAUAAGCUUAUUAAACUCACCAUGAACGUGUAUUCCUUACAGUAUUUCUUUCACACGUGGCAGUGCAAUCCUGAGUCACAGGGAGAUGAAAUGUUUAUGUGCUAAACUUUCUAAAAUUGCUGUAGUCUUUUGAAUUCCUGCCACUACACACUUUUUUUAAAAAUUUAUUUAUUUAUUUUUAAUUUAUCGGGGUGACAAUUGUUAGUAAAAUUACAUAGAUUUCAGGUGUACAAUUCUGUAUCACAUCAUCUAUAAAUUACAUUGUGUGU